ACAAUCAGACUCAGUAUGUUGUUGACCAGUGGAAGGAGAGGUUUGAAAAUGUGACUUAUGACCAACUCAGUAAUUAAGGCUGUUAUAAUAUUUAGACGCCACAAACUCUGAUCAAGGAUUAUAUACGAACAUGACUUCUGAAGAUCCUUAUUAUAAUCGUCGUGUAAAAGGAACAGAAUUACGCCGGUUUAGGCACCGCUUUGCUCUGGGGAUACUGGCCCUGUCAGGACUGAUUGGGACUGGCAUUCAUUAUAUGCCGCAUUCACAAGCUGCAGCCCAGAAGAUCAAAGAUGGGGCCCUGAAGGACAGUGAGGUUGUUGAGGAUCAUCGUGAGUUAAUGGGCCGCUCUUUAACUCAGUCCUCAGAGACCAUAAGAAAGAACAAACAGAAGCAAGAGGACCGUCCUGUUUAAUGUUGUAACAUCAUCAAAGGAAAAAUAAUUACUUUUGGCUACUUAUUUUUUAUUUAUUUUUUUUUCGUAUCAAUAACAUUAACAUGUUAAGCUUUUCAUUUGAUUUAAGGACUUUGUAGAAUUUUAUGGAUGAUAUUUUCAGUUAUAUGAUAACUUGAUAAUCUCUGAGUACUGUACUACUGUACACUCCUUUGGUGGUUGAUAACAUGUUGCAUAAGUUAUGAAAGGAAAUGCAUUGUUUUAUCUGAAUAAUAAGGCAUAAGUUGUUUUGAAUUUUACGUAUUGUAUACAGAAAAAAUGUGUAGCUACAGUACUGUAUUUUUUUAGUGGAAAUGAACUUCUUAUAUGAGCCAUUGCUAAUGUAAAAUAGUAUUGGCAAAUUAAUUUGUCCUGAAUGUAUAUAUUUCCUCCAUUUCUACAAAAGAAUCAGUCUUUAUUUGAACAUUAGAUGUAUCUUGUAAAUAAAGGAAAAUUGUAAAUCAAUGAGCCCCAAAAUGAGUGCUGGUAGGAGUAUUCGCCUUUCUCGCAAGAGAAAACAUGAAGUGGAUUUGCCGUGUGUGUCGGGUUCAUCUUUACACGAUAUCACUGAUGACUUUCAAGAUACUGCCAUUGUCUUCAGGCUUCCAAAGAAGCUCAAAGCUGAAAAGUCUACUGCUCCUCCAAGGCCACGUGGUAGACCUUCGAAGAGAGGCACGGGGAAAAAUGUGCAAAGUGAACAUAUUUUGUGUAAAGAAAAAGAAGGCCCAGAUUUACACGAUAACAACGAUGAUUUUGUUGAUCAUCCAGACCUGCCAUGUGUGAAGACAGAGACUCAAACUCUUGAUACCCAAGAUGCUGCUGCUGAAGACAAUAAUUUUCUUUUGGACUUAGAAAAAUCUAUAUGUUCUGAAUCAGAAAAAUUAUGUCCUUGUUGCAAACAUAUUGUUCCUUGUUCUAUAUUUUCUGAUCAUUUUAAACAAUGUUUGCAGAAAUUUAAACUAACAAAGAGAUGCUCUGAAAAUAAUUCAUUGGUUGUAACAGCAAGUAAGGCCAAGGAAGAUGAUGACCAAGAAGAGACAGAGUUAGAAAGGGAAAAAAAAGACAAACCACAAGUACUUCCAUGUCCUGUUUGUAUGAAGUCUCAAAGGUCCAAAGUCCAGCGUAGCUCCCACAUGAAGAACUGUGCCCAAACUCACGGAUUAACCUCAGAACAACUUCUGAUGGCCUCAAGAUUACUAGAAAAGCAAGUUGAAGAAAGAAGCCAGUUAGGACUUCCUCUUUUUGUGCAGCCAAAUGAUACCGGACAAGACAGAGGAACAGGAAAGGCAAAAGAAAGUACAGCAAGAUCCAUUAGAGCAGCCAAAGCAGACCCAGACUUGAUGAUGGCCUUGGCUCUUUCACGCUCUGCUGCUGAAGAGCAAGUUGCGAAAAGAGCUGCCAAGGAAGAGAAGUUACUUGCCCUUGGGUUAGACCAGAUUGUGGAUGAGGACAGAAAGGCUCAGCCCAUCAUAUUUCCCUCCCCAGUAAAAGAGAGUCACCGAGCUACGGCAGGUCACCCAAGGGGUAAGGGACGAAAACGGCGUGGCAAUUUUCAGAAGACAACAUUAGCUAUGCGUUCUGUUGAAGAAAGGGAGAGACUUAUUAGUGAAAAAGUUGCAUCAAUAUUAUCCUCUGAGGAUACUCCAAUUGUUAACUGGGAAAACACUUCAAGUUCAGGAGCCAAAGGUCAUCUCUCACAGUUUAAGGAUAAGGAUUGCAGAUUAUGGGAUGCUGCUCAUAGAUGCACUGAUCACCCUCUUGAGGAGUUCUAUGUUCCUGAGCUUGAACCAUACAUUAAACCAAAGAAAGUUGAAGUGGGAGGACUUUUAAGAAGCCUUUCACAAAUUCCUGGACGUUUGAAUCUGACUUCUCGACAUGCAGUGAGUGAUGAGAAUUCUGACUCAGGAUCUGAAUGUGAAGAAACAUCUGUGGUUGACGGCUACUGCACGCAGCUAGCCCUUGCUGAGCUCUUAGGUUCUCAAGAUUGUCUUGAAUAUACCUGCAAUGAUAUCUGUUUUGAUGCAGAUCAAGCCAUGCCUCAAGAAAUUGAAUCUGCCACAGAUCCCAAUGAAACUGUGGAGGCUGGGAGUGGUUUUUGGCUUGUUCACUCAAGUGAUGAAGGAAAAAGUAAAGAUUAUGAUGAGACUUACAAAAAAAUUAAGAGUGAAGGUGGUGGAAAAACAGUGGAGAGCAUAGUAGUAGAGAGAAAUAAUGAGUCAUGCAAGGAAAGUACAAGUGUUAAUAGUGACAGUAAAGUUGAGCAUCAAAAUGAUAGUCUGGGUGAUGACUUAAUAGGUUCCAUUGUGGAGGAUGACUGUAAAAUGUUAGAUGAAGAUAUGAAGGAGUGUGACACUGAAAAAGAUGAAAUAAAUAUCCAGGGAAAUCUGUCAAAAGAAUCCUGGAUACAAAUCGAUAGGGAUAAUUUAAUCAGUGAUAGCCCUCAAGAAAGAGAUAUUACUGAUACUGAAUCUGUAGACAACAAAUACCUGAAAAAUAAUAGUAAAAAAGAUUAUAAACCAGGUAUAAACUUGGCACAAAUUGAAGUUUUAAGUAAUCCUCACAUCAGUGAAUGUCAAGAUGAAGAUAAUUCAGAUUGUGAAGUGUUAGCAGUCUUGAAUAAGAGUUCAGAAUGCACAUUAAAUACUGAAUUAGAAAAUGACCCUGUUUGCUGCACAAUCUUACCUUCUGCCUGUGAUAGCUCAGAGGAUAAGAUAUCCUCUGAAAAAUCCUCAGGUUUAGAGCUAGUGCAAAACAGGGAUGAAGAAGAAGGGUCAAUUAGCUGUGUUAAAGAUAAAGCGAGCAAUGCAUCUGUAAAUUCAGAUCAUUCAAAUGACUCUUUUGCAACCCAAAUCUUACAAGAAAAUAAAAUUUCAUGUGAUGUUGCAUCUGUACAUUCAGAUGAUUCUAUUUCAACCCAAAUCUUCUCAGAGGAUGGUAAUCAGAUUUCAUGCAUUGCUACCUGUACAAAAAGUUUUCUUGAAGAUGACACCAUCCUCCAUUCAGGUAAUAAGCUUCCAGCCUCAAGUAAAGAUAAUGUCUCAAGACAAACUGAUAGAGACAAGAAAGAGGAAAAAUCUGUAAAAAGUCUUUCCUUGAAUAUUGCAAUUGGAGGGAAAACAAGCAAUCCCUGCAUUGGUUUUCAAAGUGACUGCAGAAAUGUGGAUUUAGUGACUUUGCAGGACAGUGAUUGCAGUGAACCACCACCAUUACAAUUAAAACAAAAAGGCAAAAGUAACUUGAUGACAUUUCCUGUAGGUGAUAGUGAUGCUAUUUUACAAAGGGCAGAAGAAAGUUGUGGAGAAAUAUUCUCAUUGCAGAAAACAUUACCAAUUUCUGAUGAAGGGUUAAAUAAUGAGACAGUAAAUCAUGAUAUGGAGACAAUUAAGUUGCCUCCUUCAAGAAAAAUUACAGAUGAGAUGAAAAAAGGUCGCUUAAAUUACUUGAGAUCACAGCUAGUAAACCAAGAUAAAUGUGUGGAAACAAAGUCCAUGGAAGACAAAUUUCUUCUUGAUUGGAGUGCACUACUAGCAAGUGAAGAUGAGAGUGAUGUCACUGUAACAACAUCAGAUAGCAGCAGCAUUUCAAUCCACUCUCUAGUCUUAAUUGUAAGAUGUCCUCAGCUCUAUAAAGAAGUGAAGGAGAACAAGAUGCAAGUUAAAUGGGAAGGAAUUUCAUUUGAAGGAGCACACACAUUUCUAGCAUAUCUGUACACUGGUACUUGUAAAAUAAAGGUGAAGGAUGAUCCACUGUGGAUGGAUACCUUUGAUUUAGCUCUUCAGUAUAAAUGUAAAGAUCUUAUAUCAUAUCUAGAAUCUCUUUACAAAGCCAGUUCUUCUCCGAUCAAAGCAGUCUCUCUUGAAAAUAGUCCCAACACUUCUAGGGUCAUGAAUAAUAACACAAGUUCAAAUGCAGACAUUUGUUUAGCUUCAAAAAGAUUAAGAAGCUUACAAGAAAAAAGAGGAGAAAGUGGGAGAAUAGUGAGGCGUCAACUUAAUUUGUCCCCAAUUUGUAAAAAAACUCCAGAAGUUGUACUUAAAACUCCAGAAAGGAGGAACUCGCCAGCAAACAUUGAUAAAGAAAAUUCAUCGACUGGUGAUAAUGUGGAAAGAAUUAGGGACACGCAUAUCAACCGAGGACUUCAGUCUCCUGAUUUAUUUGAGGAGUCUGUUCUUAGUGAAGAUCCUUCACCUUCUCCACCAACACUAGUCUAUCCUAAUCUAUCUCCAUGUGAGGAAAGUGUAGCUGCUGUGCCUUCAGAACCAAGAUUUUCCUCUGCUUUGGGUCCAGAUAAAAAUUCAUCUGGUAAAUUAGACUCCUUAGGUCAGCACUCGAGAUCUUCAUUGAAUGUCCCUGCAAGUGAUGUGAAAGUUUCUUCAGAAGCCUUGCCUCUUCUCAGUCCCCAAAGGACAAAGAAAAUGAAUAAUGAAAAGCUCCUUGAAAAUGAGCAAAGUUUUGAGCGUAGGAGUGCAGGCAAUAUAUCUGACCAAACUUGUAGUUUGUCGAGUAUAAAAGACACAAGAUCCUCACUAUUAUUAAAAGCAGCUGAUCAAAAUGAAUUUAAGGACUGUCCUGAAGUAGAUGAACAUUGUAUGGACUAUCCAGAAGCAGAGAAUGACUAUAUGGCCUGUCAUAAGUCAAAUGAAGAGAACACGGACCACCCAAAGCCAUAUGGAGAGAACAUAAUUGACUGUCCUGAAGUAGGUGAUGAUAUCUUCAGUAACUGUCCUGAAAUAGGUGAUAGUAUCUUCAGUAACUGUCCAGAAGUAGUUGAAGGUAACAUGAUUGAUCUAACUCUCAGUAGUUCUGAUAGUUCUCCUGACUUGGAUCUUACUGAUGAAGAAAUGGAACCAUGGACAAAUAUGAAAACUCCUAAUACUAAUAAAAACAUUUCUCAACAAGAACUAGACACUGUAGAUGCUCCUGAUGCACCAGUCCAAAAUUUGACAGAAGAUGAAAACCCAGACAUGGAACAAGAGAAUGUAAAUGAACCGUACAUCACCAACGUAUGGGAGGAUUUUGAUGAUGUAGGUUGUGCUUUGCCAUAUCCCAUAGAUGAUUGUCCAACACCUGCAAAAUAUCCAGAAGUGACUGAAGCUAAUGUUCAUACUGAUGAUAAUAUUUUACCCAUUUUAAGACAAAUUUCUCAGAAAAGGAAAGAAAGCCCUUUCUCUAGCACUAAGAGGAAUGUUUGUGGUGCAAGUUCUUCUCAGUGUGAGCCAGAUUUUGCUCCACUGUGUGAAUUGCCUGUGACAGAAGCCUCAACAAGGAAGUCUUCAGAGAAAAUUGACAUUAGCUCAUCGAGAACAAAAUUCAGAGGAUCGGCAUUAAAAGGAGGAGCUAAAUCAUUAUGUGAAGAUGCAAAUACAAUAGUGUCAGGAUCUUUUAUUGGCAAUGAAACCUUGGUUCAGCUAACAGAGGACCUUGAAGAUAGCUUAAUUUGGAAAGAGUUUGAAAAGGAAGAUGAUGAAGGUUUCAAACAAAUGUCUAAAAAAAGUUGCAAAUCUGUGAAUUUUCAAGAAGCAAUUCCUAAUCUGACGACACCUGAAACAAACAAAACAUCAAAGAGGAAAACUGUGACACCAUUGCCUGAUUAUAAGAAUAUGUCCACUCCCAAUCUUAAGGAAGAAUUAUCAAAAUAUGGUGUGCGACCACUGGGUCGUCGGAAGGCUGUGGUACUCCUGCAGCAUGUGUAUGAAGAGACUCAUCCCCUUGUUACUGAUAGUGAGGCUGAGAGUAGCUUUUGUGAAACUCCUCACCAGAGAACACCCUUAAGGCUUACAUCUAAGUUUGUAAACAUGAAAAACAAAACCACAGUGCAGGAGAAAAUUACAUCAAAGGGCAUUAAAACCUCGGCUGCAGUAGAUGGUCAAAACAUUAACAAGAAGGUGAUUGGUAAGGAUGUGACAAUUGCUCCUCCCAUAACUGAACAAAUGGAUAGUGAUGAGGAUGAAGAGGACUGGAGUAGCCAGAUUAAUUCUUCUCAAGUGUCUUCCUCAAGCAGUGCUGGUUCUGAAUUUGAAUGCCUUGAGGAGUCGAUGUUAAGAAUUGGUGAGGACGACAUUAUUUCCCCAACUCGGCAAGUUAAUCUUGGUAGUCAGGUAGUGCAAUUCAUUACCAGUGAUCCAGAGCUGCACCAAAAGGUUCUGUUGUAUGAACCCUUCUUUGUUGAGGAACUGCAGUCUAACCUCAAGGCCAACGGUGUUAAGUGCAAUAUGAAAAACCUGCUUGGUGUUUUAGAUGAUCAGUGCAUAACUUUCCGUACACACCAAGGCCAAAAGAAUAGAGCAAGGACAAGAAGAUCUAAGAAAAAAUCUUUAAUCCAAUCUCCCAAGAAAUAUAAGGAAAAAUUGUAGUUAUUUGUUUUGUUUGAAAGAAUAAGCAAAAUAAGGGAAAUAAAUACUUGGGACCAGAUGCAUUUCGGUUUUUGGAAUUUUUUGGAUUUCAGAAUGGUUAGUUUUUUUUUUU